AUGACCCCGGAGGCGACCUCGAUGGGCGAAACCGAUGACAGGCUGACCUCUGAACGGCCUGCAAAGCGUCUAAGGCUCGAUGAUGAGCAGGGCAGUCACCCCCACUCCCCGUCGGUGGCCGUGAACAACGACAUCGACGAGGAUGACAUUGAAGUCGCGCCCGACAUCAAGGAGGAGACCAAAGCUUCCGACCUCUACCUGGAUACCAUAAAUCGAGCAGUCAUGGACUUUGACUUUGAGAAAGUGUGUUCAGUGUCAUUGUCGAAUAUCAAUAUCUAUGGUUGUCUGGUUUGCGGGAAAUACUUCCAAGGCCGUGGACGGAAAUCAUACGCCUACGCACAUUCGAUUCACGACGACCACCACGUAUUUAUCAAUUUGGAGACCACCAAGGUGUAUGUCCUACCCGAUGGCUACCUAGUUUCGGAUCCAUCAUUGGAAGACAUUGCCUAUGUAUUGGCACCAGUGUUUACACCUGGCACCAUAUCGACGCUCUCCCCUCCUUCACUAACCCCUCGACCAUCUUAUGAUCUCAAACAACGGCCAUACAUACCUGGAUACAUUGGUCUGAAUAAUAUCAAGAGAAAUGACCAUCUAAACGUGAUCAUUCAUUCGCUUUUGCAUAUCCCCCCGCUCCGGGACUAUCUCUUGCUCUCCAAUUUCAAAGGCAAAGAAACUGAGCUAGUGAAACGAUUUGCCGCGUUAGCGAAGAAAAUAUGGAACCCUCGUCUCUUCAAGAGCCAAGUCAGUCCACACGAAUUCUUACAAGAAGUCAACAGGGCCAGCGCUGGGAAGUUUCGACUGGAGGAGCAAGGGGACCCAGUUGACUUUCUUGGGUGGCUAUUGAACCGGCUUCAUAAAGACAUGGGUGGAACCAAAAAGAAAAACUCGAGUAUCAUCUUCCACACGUUUCAGGGUGAGCUUCGUGUCGAAGCACAGCAAGUUCUCGUGCGUCCCGACUUAGGCGAAAAUGAGCGCCCCAGAUUCGACAUCGACCGUGAAAUCAAGUCCAUGGUUUCUCCUUUCUUGUUUCUUGCCGUAGAUUUGCCUCCCCCUCCGCUCUUCCAGGACAGCGUUGAGAAGAAUAUUAUACCGCAAGUCAGUAUACACUCGAUAUUAGCCAAAUAUGAUGGGACGACCACCCAGGAGUCGGCAGGACAGUUACGCCGGUUCAAAUGCCAGCGCCUGCCACCAUAUAUCAUUUUGCAUUUCAAACGCUUUACCAAAAAUGUUUUCGUGGAAGAAAAAAAUCCGACCAUCGUCAAUUUCCCGUUACGGGGUUUGGACUUUAAGGAUUAUAUAGAUACUCCUGCCGACCAGCCAUCGACAGUAUACGACCUUAUCGCCAACGUGACCCACGAAUCGGUGGCAGGAACAACUCGAGAUAAGGCCAACACGGUAUGGAAGGUCCAUCUGCGCGCAGCAGGAGGGGCUGGAGAGAACGAGAAGUGGUUCCUGAUACAAGAUCUCAUCGUUGAGGAAACCCGCAAGGAAAUGAUUUUCCUUGGGGAAACUAUCCUACAGAUUUGGGAAAGGCGUGCUCCUGACGCUCCAUCAGACCGAGCCAAAGGCAUGGAUGUCGAUGCUCAAUGA